AAUACCGCAAGAGGAUGAUGGAGGUCCAGCGGGAGAUGCAGAUCCGCGAGUUCCAGGAGAAGCGCGAGGAGUACAACAUGACGCUGGAGGCCGUCGAGGAGAUGCUGAUGGAGGAGCGUGACAUGAUGCUCCGGGCGCAGAUGGACAACCUGCUGGCGAGGGCCAGGGCGGAGAUCACGAACGAGGCGCAGUGGCACGCCGCCGUCGGCAUCGCAGACGCGUGGCGGCGCAGCAGGCUUGAGGCCUACCAGCCGUACGCCGCUGCCGAAGCCAGGCUGGCCGCAGAAAGAGACAUGCUGAAGCAGAGGAGGCGCAGGUACAAGACGCGGCUGCGGCCGGGCCCGCAGAUGAGUCCGCUGGAGGAGGCCCAGGUGGACGUGUUCGACGAGUCGCCGCCCGGCGAGCUGCCGCCGCCGGCGCUGCCCGUCUUCGACCGGCCGCCCCCGUCCUUCGACACUCGGCCCGUCAGCCUCCUGGACGACUCCCCGCCACUGGACCUGCAGGAGUCCCCGCUGCUGAACAAGUACAGGACGCCCGAACAGGUGACGCCGGAGCAGCCGAUGGAGCAGUGGUACUCGUCCGAGCGGGGAGGAGGAAGAGGCGCUCGGAGGCGGCUCGUCUUCGACGACGAGGACGAAGACGACGACGACGACGACGACGACGACAGCGACCUGUUAGAUGAUCUGGCGCCGUUGCAGCGGAUUGUCAACAGCGCAGGGCGAAGAUCAAUGGUGGACGAUACGAUGCCUCCAGGCCUCGAUGACUAGGAUGGAGUAUAGAAGUUCUGCACGCAGGAUUCGCUGGAGGCUGGUACUUCCUGUGACGGAAACAACUGAGCAAACCUUCUUCGUCCCUAACGCGCGGAAGAUGUUUGUCGUCGUAUCAGUAAAAGAAAAUGUCCUGAAUCGUUAAAUUUAGCUGGUGUUAAA